UGCGGAGCAGAGCCAACCAAGAGCGAGUAUGUGGUGGUGAGAGGGAGUUGGUUCCGGGUAGUUGUCUGUGUUGGGCUCUCCACGUUUGUGGGGACUACGUGCGGCAGCAUCGAAUCCCUAAACUGGGUCUACGAGGAGCAUCGCAGUGCAUCUGGCUGGUGAUCUCGGCCUAAACAUUAUGCGACCACAGAGGCAUGGGUCUUGGAGUGCUCAGGACGACCUCAAGGUCGGGCGGCACACCGUGCGACUCAAGAGGAGCCUCGGCGAAGGAGGUUUUGCCUUCAUUCACCUGGUGGAGGACGUCAACACGGGACGGUUGCUUGUCCUGAAGCGGUCGAGCCUGCAGAGCCACGAGGGCAGGGUUAUCUACGAAAAGGAGGCGUCUAUCAUGCGCUCCCUCGCUCACCCCAACAUUGUGCAGAUCGUCACCGCGGUGGAGCUGCAGAGCUCCAAGACGGGCGCCAUCUUGAUGGAGUUUUGCCCACGCGGACACCUCCUCGAGGCGCUGAACAGCCUCGGCGGGAAGCUCAUGGAGGAGGAGGCGGUGCUUUCGGUGAUGUGCGACAUCGUGAGUGCUGUCAAGUACCUACACGAUAAGGGCAUUACCCACCGAGACGUUAAGCUCGAGAACAUCCUCAGGUCUUCCUCUGGAUCCCACAAGCUUUGCGACUUCGGCUCUUGCGUUCAGGGUCGAGUGCCGCUGGACACGGCCGAGCAACGAGCGAACGAGGAGGAGGUGGUGGAGAAGACGACGACACAGAUGUACCGCGCCCCCGAGAUGGUUGACCUGUACCUUGAGAGGGAACUCACGGAGAGAGUGGACAUUUGGGCUCUAGGCUGCAUACUGUACGCCGUGUGCUACCUGAAGAACCCCUUCCAGGAUGCCGGAAACCUGGGGAUUCUGAACGCAAAGAUUCGCAUCCCCGACGACUCUGUUUUCUCUUCCGGCUUGGUGGAUCUCAUCCGGCGCUGCCUCACCGCGUCACCAACUCACCGACCGAGCGCAUCCGAGGUUGAGGCUGGCAUCCAUGCGUUGAGUAAAGGGAACCCUUUGCCCCCGCCGAGACACAAGAAGAAAUCGUCGGAAGCGGAUUGCGGCCAUGCCGCUGGUACUGCUGCGGCAAGUGUCGCUGGUGUUGCGGCGCAAGCAGCAACUGCUCCGGCGAGCAACAGUGGCGGCCUUUCCAACAGUGUCGGGGCCCUGGCUCGCAAUGUUGUAGGUGGGAGGGGGGACGCGGGGAGCGGGAGGACAGUGACGGCGGCGGGAGCGGUGGGGAAGAGUUAUUCGCAACAGGUUCUUACCCCGCCGAAGGCCAAACCAGUAGCAGCUCAACCCCAGCUAAACCCAAACUCGGUGGCUGCCAGACGACUAGCUUCUCGGAAGGGUUCGGCUUCUGCAAAUAAUACCGGGAGUAGAAAUUGCUUGGUCCCGCCGCCGCCGCCGCCGCCUUCUGAGCAAAGGCCGGAUGACGACGGCGGUGCCCCCGGCGGCAGCGGCGGCUCGCCAACGGGGUGGCCGGGAGCAUCGACGGCGGCAGCGGCGGUGGCGACGGUUGCGAGCGGGGCUUGUGGCGGCGACGGUCACCCAGACCCGGAUGGCUGGGGCAACUUCGCGGCCUUCGAUCAGUUCCCGGAGGCGUUGGAUUUGUCCACGUCAGGUCGACAGCAGGGUAGCAGUAGUAAUUUCGGGGCGGCACCGCUUGAGUCGCCGGUGGCGGCAGUCGGAGAGUCCCCGCAGGUUAUGAACGUGACACCACCCGUCAGCGAAAAGAGACAGAGCGGCGGCAAGAGGGCGGUGGCGGGUGGCGUGGCGGCCCUUGGGGAACAGCUCGAGGGGACGUCGUUUAUGCCACCCCCCCCUCAGCAGCAGCAGCAGCAGCAGCAGCAGCAACGCCAACAGCAGCAGCUGGUCGGGAAGAUCACCCAAAUAGGAAGGGCGGCUAGUUUGGGCGGCGGCGGCGGCGGCAAUCAGCAGCGGGCUUGGUUGAUGGCUUCCCCCGCCGGCCAGGCUGCGCCGGGGGGGGAUCGGCCGUUGAGCGGCCGCGUAGAGAACGGAUUUUCGGCGACGUUUCCGCGGCAAGCGAGCGGGGGCGGGGGCGUUGCAAGCGACGGCAGCAUCGGCAUCGGCAGCAGUCCACAGCGGCGGCAGCAGCAGCAGCGGCAGCAACCAUCACGUUCGCCAUCCCCCCCUCCCCCGCCGCCUCAGGCGGUUGUCCUCAGGGGGGCGGCGACCUCUCCCACCCAGAGCAUGGCGUGCUUGUCGCCGUCGGUGGGCACAGCGGGGAGCAUGCAGCAGCAAGGUCUAGGACAAGUACCCCAGCUCCAGCAGCAGCGGCAGCGGUGGAGCGCGCAGCAGCAGCAGCAGCAGUGGCAGGCCGGAAAUACCCCGGCAGACGUUGGUCAGGCCUUCGGUAAUAACAACGCUAGCUGGAACAACGGCAGCAGCGCCACGUGGUCUGCCGCAGAGAGGAUGAUGGGUGGUGGGGUGGACGGGGUGUCGGGGUCCCCGCCGAUUGCGGCGUCGCUAUCCAUCCCGACCUUGCAAGAACGAGAAUCGAGCUCGGGGAGACAACAGCAGCACCAGAAAUUUGGAAGCAUCCCACCACCAACACAGCCCCAGUUCCCAGGGACAGGAGGUCCGUGGUGACACGGAACAGCAGUUUGCGUUUUGUUUUGCGUAUGCAUCCCUUCACCCUGGUAGAAAGAAGGCACACAGAGCUAUUAUUGUAAAAUUGAAUUUUGAUGCGGUGAUCUGUAGGGUGUAAUAUUCCUUUGCGAGGGAGGCGUUCGGGGGGGGGGGGGNGGGGGGGGGGGGGGGGGGGGGGGGGGGGGGGGGGGGGGAGCGCAUCGCUUGCACAGAGGCUUCCACGGUUGUGUUUCGUUUUUGUUUUUUGCUAUGUCUCGGGACAAGUAUCCUAGCAUGUUUGUUUGUCUUUCGUCCGGUGGCGUGGUUCCAUGCGGUGUUGUUCUGUGUACCCUGUGUCGUCGUAAGUUUCGUCCAUUUGCCUUUCAUAUUGUCUCGGCUGUUUGUCUGCUGCUAGCCCUAACCCUGAUAAGAGUGUAAAUACCCUUCUUGUCGUAUCGCUCUGGUUGCGGAGAUGGAAUUGAUCUUUUGCCAAGACCGAGUAUAAUGUCGGCGCCACAUGGUCGUGGGCGGCCACCGCAGGAGCAAGAUGAAUCAUUUCGUUUUUGGCGAUGACUGGGGGAGUCGAGAUGUCAAACAAUUGUCAUGGGAACCACCCCCGGAACAUUUGCCAGGGGAACGGCAGAGAGCUUGAAGAAACACAUGAAAAAGUGCU